UCGGCUGCCUCGCCGACGGCGGCCGAGUGCGAGCGGGGAGCGCGAGCGGGGAGCGGCGGCCAGCGAGUGGCGAAGCGCCUGCGCGGUGUCCGGGCCCCUGAGCCCGCGGCGCUGAGCCAGCCGGGACGGACAUGCGCGGGAGGGCGCCGUGGGGCAGCCGCGGCUCCGCGGGGGGAAUGCAAGCUACUGGUUGACCGCAGAUCCCCAGGCCUCACAAGUGUGGAGACCUCCCAGAGUCAGACACCAUGUCCACGGCAGGAGUUGCUGCUCAGGAGAUUAGAGUCCCAUUAAAAACUGGAUUUCUGCACGAUGGCCAAGCCAUGAGGACCGUGAGGACCUGCUGGGGCAGCCGCAGUGAGUUUGAAAAUCACUUUUUGGACAUUGACCCCAUCACCAUGGCCUACAGCCUCAACUCUGCGGCUCAGGAGCGCCUAACAGCUCUUGGGCACGCGGCGACAUCCGGUCCGAGGAACGGCAGCCACUUUGCAGAAAACGGCCCCGCUCAGAAGCCCAGCCUGGCCCCCCUUCUCAUCCCCCCGGGCGAAGACUGGGGGCAGCGUGAAGAGGAGCGAGUCGUGUGUGGUUUUAAGAAACUCUCCGUGAACGGGGUCUGUGCUUCUCCUCCUCCGCUCACACCCAUAAAGAGCCCCCCUUCCCCCUUCCCCUGCGCGGCCCCCUGUGACCGGGGCUCCAGGCCCCUCCCGCCGCUGCCCAUCUCUGAAGACCUCUCCCUGGACGAGACGGACUGUGAGGUCGAGUUCCUCACCAGCUCAGACACGGACUUGCUCUUGGAAGACUGUACGCUCUCAGGCUUCAAAUACGAUGUUCCCGGCAGGCGCAGCUUCCGUGGGUGUGGACAGAUCAACUACGCCUAUUUCGAUACCCCCGCUGUCUCCGCCGCAGAUCUCAGCCAGGCCCCUGACCAGACCGGCGGGGUGCAGAAUUCAAACCCUCCCCCGCCUCAGAGCCACCGAAGAUUAAGGAGGUCUCAUUCGGGACCAGCUGGAUCCUUCAACAAGCCAGCCAUAAGGAUCUCCAGCUACAUACACAGAGCCUCUCCGAACUCCGAUGAAGACAAACCCGAGGUGCCCCCCAGGGUCCCCAUACCUCCUAGGCCAGUGAAGCCAGAUUACAGAAGGUGGUCAGCGGAAGUGACUUCUAGCACCUACAGUGAUGAAGACAGGCCUCCCAAAGUGCCACCAAGAGAACCUUUAUCCCGGAGUAACUCCCGCACACCCAGCCCCAAAAGCCUCCCGUCUUACCUCAAUGGGGUCAUGCCCCCUACGCAGAGCUUUGCCCCUGAUCCCAAGUACGUCAGCAGCAAAGCCCUGCAGAGACAGAACAGCGAAGGAUCUGCCAAUAAGGUCCCGUGCAUUCUGCCCAUCAUCGAAAAUGGGAAGAAGGUUAGCUCGACACAUUAUUACCUGCUACCUGAGAGACCACCCUACCUGGACAAAUAUGAAAAGUUUUUUCGGGAAGCAGAAGAAACAAACACAAGCCCCCAAACCCAGCCACCAUCUGCUGACUGUGGUGUCGUCUCAACCGCAGAAAAGCUGGACUCAAAACCAAAACUGGAUCUCGGUGGCCACGUGAAGCGCAAACAUUUGUCCUAUGUGGUUUCUCCUUAGGCUCUGGGGUCGUGGUUCAGCAGGGGCUCCCUAGGAGCCAAUGGCUCUCAAGCCACUUUCCCGUUUGGUUGAGGUUCACGGGGAAAUGGUUCAGGUUGAAGAAUCAAAUAGUUGAAGCCUCCGUCUUAGAGAGAAGGGGUCAGAGCAGCCGGGAGGCGCUCUCAUGCCGAGAAGCCCUGAGUUGGUUGGCGUUGGAGGAAAGUCUGCUCCAGCGCGGAGUGUAAGCUGUGCGGGUGGGGAGGGGCAGCCGGGGAACCUUGGACAUGUGUAGACAUUAGAGACCUGUAGACGCCUGUGGCCUAACCCCAGGCCAUAGUCGCGGGGUAACCAAUUAGUUGCUACCUUAGAGUAACAUAUAUUCAGAAUGACAAAACAAGCUGGAGGACGACUCCUGACCGAAAAUUGAGCAAAAUGGAAGAAAACACAGUAUUGUUUAGAUCGGAAUCAUAAAAAAACAAAAACAAAAUUUUUGCUUAGUUUGCAAGGGUCUGGCUCUCGGGCCCGUGAAGUUCUGUCUCCUUUAUUUCCACAAUCACCUGUGCCACCGAGGGCAGGCCGCACAUCCGUCUGUGACUCUGCCUGCCCCGUGUAAACACCGUCCUGGGGCCUGGGUCCCUCCGGGUUCUGCCUUCUGCUCCGUCGAGGGGAGGUUGGCAGUGUGCUCAGCCUCUGUUUUCACCUGUGCACGCAUGUCUCACACCUUGAGAAAUGAGAAGAUACCAGAAUCCGUACAUCAUUUUCCCUGACAAUUUCUGCUCCGUUCUGCCCGCUGGCGUGGCCCACUGUGGCGCGGGCCUUGCAGCCGCGGGGGCGGGGGGCACAUUCGACUCCCAUGGAAAAGCAGGCCGUUUGCCCGUGUUCAGGAGGUCCGUUUUAAGCAGUCGUGAAACAGUGAGCUGUGUGACUGAGAGUCACUGGGGGGCAUGUGUUGUUUUUUUGUGGUUUUUUUUUUUUUUUUUUUUUAGACUGUAUUAAUAAAAAAUACAACACAAGCUGGCCUUGUGUUGCUGGUUCCUAUUCAGUAUUUCCUGGGGAUUGUUUGCUUUUUAAGUAAAACACUUCUGGCCAAUAGCACAGUUAUGUCUUAAUAGCACAGGUCACGUCAGCAUCUUCCUGCUUUUGAGACUUUCCGGGCCGGCUGCUUCACCUGGACUCAGUGAGAGCCACAGCGUGCGCUGGGGUUUCUGCGUGCUUCGAUGUUGGGUCUUGUACAGAUAAGCACAAAAGAGACGGUGCUUACUAACAGGUACACUAUGACGACAUUCUCUUAACAGUUAAACAAGCUGUUUACAGUUUAAACUGCUGAAUAUUAUUUGAGCUAUUUAAAGCUUAUAUUUUAGUUUGAACUAAAUGAAGGUUAAGACAUGCUUUAGAAAAAUGCACUGAUUUCCACGUUAUGUGUACAGUGUUGGACAAAGGAUUUUAUUCAUUUUUGUUGCAUUAUUUUGAAUAUUGUCUUUUCAUUUUAAUAAAGUUAUAAUACUAUUUA